GAAGGGGCCCAUGGGAGGAGGCGCAAGGAAGAAGGCCCGCCUGGCCUGGCCCGCCACUUCUUCCUCUCAAAGGGGCCGCGCAGGGACACAAACCCAAGUGAGGCCGUUAGAAGAAGGGCCGCGGAAAGGAGGAGGAAAGACCGAGAGAAGAAGAAAAGAAAAGGCGGGGUCGUAAAAAGGAGGACGCGCUUAGCCUCCCCUUCCCAAUCAGCGCGUGAGUCGGGGCGGAACUACGAUUCCCAGAAGAACUUGCGCACGUCCUGCAUUUGAACAAGCAGGCGGCCCCGCAUUCAGCAGAAGGAGGAUGCGCAGGCGCAAAACGCUCCCUUCCCCUCCCACCCAAGGACACAGGCCUACAACUCCCAGAAGACUUUGCAUGCCCAAACCGAGGCCCAAAGGCUCUUUCAGGGCCCGGGAGGGGGUGGCCCCCGGCGUCUUCGUCACUUCCGCCUUCUCGGCCGCUCCCUCUGUCUAGACAUCUCUGUUCGGGCUCCCAGUGUUCGGGCUGCCGCGAGUGGGGGCGGGGUCAAGGGGACACUCGAGGGGAAGGGGACUUCGGGAAAUGACAGGCAGGCGGAGGCGGCCGCAGCCACAGCCUCUGCGGAGCUCGGCUACAGUGGAGCGAACACGCGCUUGCGUGACCGCUCCUGAGCGCUGGGCCCAGCCGGGCCACGCCUCUCGCCAGCCCAGCCUCCCUUGGACGGCCAGGUUCAGCGGCCAAUCCUCGGCGGAGAGGGCACGCAUGGCUCCUACCCCAGGGAGAGCCCCGCCCCGUCAGGAGCGCGUGACCUUUGGGGACGUGGCCGUGGACUUCACCCUGGACGAGUGGGUGUGCCUAGACUCGGCCCAGAAGGCGCUGUACCGGGACGUGAUGCUGGAGAACUACGGGCACCUGGUCUGCCUGGGACUCGCCGGAGCGAAGCCCGCCGUGAUCCAGCGGCUGGAACGCGGGGAAGCCGCCUGGUGCCCCGGGGUGCCCGGAAGCCGCCUUCCAGAUUGGGAAACUAGACUUGAAAACCAAGAGUUAAAUCCAGUGCUGGGCAUAUUUAUGGAAGAACCUUCCAAGGGAAAAAUCAGGAGGAAUAGUCCUUAUUUCUUAAACUUGAGAGAAGCCUGGGAAUAUAGUACCAGCCUAAAGAGUCUACAGAAUCAUGAGAAUAAACAUUCUAGCCAAGUAAAAAUCACCCAGAGGAAACAUUCCAAUAAAGCAAAAGGCCACAAAUAUCACAAGAAUGGCAGAAGCUCUGGUGUAGAAUCAGUCUUUUCAGAAUUGAUCACUCCUAAGGGAAAUAAGUAUGGGAAAUCAUUUAGUAAUCACUCAGACCUCAUUGAAAAUCACAGAUUACAUACUGAUAAGAAAUCUUAUGAAUGUAAGGAAUGUGGAAAAACUUUCCUUUGGUUGACAGAACUUACUCACCAUCAGAGAAUUCAUAGUGGAGAGAAACUUUUUGAAUGUAAUGAUUGUGGGAAGCCCUUCCGCUGGAAUUCACAACUUAUUCUGCACCAGGGAAUUCAUACGGGAGAGAAACCUUUUGAUUGUAAAGAAUGCGGAAAGGCCUUCCGCCUGAGAUCACAACUUGCUUUACAUCAGCGAAUCCAUUCUGGAGAGAAACCUUUUGAAUGCAACAAAUGUGGGAAAGCAUAUAGGUUGAGCUCCCAACUUACUCUACACCAGAGAAUUCAUACUGGAGAAAAGCCAUAUGAAUGUAAAGUAUGUGGAAAGGCCUUUCACUUAAGUGGGCGGCUUACUGUACACCAGAGAAUUCAUACUGGAGAAAAACCUUUUGGAUGCAAUGAAUGUGGGAAGGCCUUCCUCAUGAGGUCACAGCUUAUUGUACACCAGAGGAUUCAUACUGGAGAGAAACCUUAUGAAUGUAAUGAAUGUGGGAAAGUUUUCCGCCUCAGUGGACAGCUUACUGUACACCAGAGAAUUCAUACUGGAGAGAAACCUUGCGAAUGUAAAGAAUGUGGGAGGGCCUUCCGCCUGCAGUCACAGCUUACUGUACACCAGAGGAUUCAUACUGGAGAGAAACCUUAUGAAUGUAAUAUAUGUGGGAGGGCCUUUCGCCGGAACUUAGAGCUUACUUUACACCAGAUAGUUCAUACUGGAGUAAAACCAUAUAAAUGUAACGAAUGUGGGAAGGCCUUUGGACAUAGGACAAAACUUACUGUACACCAGAGAACACACACUGGACAGAAACCUUAUGAGUGUAAUGAAUGUGGGAAGGCCUUUCAUCAGAGUGGACAGCUUACUUUACACCAGAGAAUUCAUACUGGAGAGAAACCUUGUGAAUGUAAAGAAUGUGGGAAGGCCUUCCGCCUACAAGCACAACUUACUGUACACCAGAGAAUCCAUACUGGGGAGAAACCUUUUGAAUGCAAUGAAUGUGGGAAGACUUUUCAGUGGAGGUCUUUGCUUAUAGUCCAUCAGAGAAUUCAUACUGGGGAGAAACCUUUUGAAUGUAAUGAAUGUGGGAAGGUCUUUCGCCUAAGCUCACAGCUUACUUCACAUCAGAGAAUACAUACUGGAGAGAAACCUUAUGAAUGUAAUGAAUGUGGGAAGGACUUUCAGUGGAGGUCUCUACUUACAGUCCAUCAGAGAAUUCAUACUGGAGAGAAACCUUUUGAAUGUAAUGAAUGUGGGAAAACCUUCCGCCUCAGUGGACAGCUUACUGCACACCAGAAAAUUCAUACAGGAAAGAAACCUUAUGAAUGCAAUGAAUGUGGGAAGACCUUUUGCCGGAGAUCCCAUCUUACUGGACAUAAGAGAUCUCAUAGUGGAGAGAAACAUUAUGAAUGUGAUAGAUGGGGAAAGGCCUUUUGAAACAGGAUAGAACUUUACUGAUCAGAGAAUCUAUAUUGGAUAGAAAACUAAUUAAUUAAGGUGGGAAAUCUUUUUAUCUUGAGCUCUGGGCUUUUUGAUGCUCAGAUAAUUCAUACUAGAGAAAUCUUAUGAUUAUAAUGAAUGUGAAAAGGCCUUCCACUGGAAAUCCAAUCUUACCAUACAUCAAAAAAUUCAUAAUGAAGAAACCAUAGAAAUAAAAUGAAUGUGAGAAAGGCUUUUCAUUGGAAUACAAAUCAUACUUGGCAUCAGAUGCUACAUAUAAAUGUGUGAAGACUUUUUGUCUAAAAAGAAAGCUUACUGGUCAUCAGAAAAUCCAUAUUUCAUGGAUGCAAAAGUAUAGAAGAGUAAUAAAUAUACAUAUACCUACCUUUGGAGCAUGUUUGUUCAACAUUGGAGAACUCAUCCUGGAGAUAAAUCUUAUAAAUAUAGUGAAUGUGGAAAUAUGCUUUCCUUUGGAACACAGAAUUUAUCAUCAAUGAAACAGUUGAGAAAUUAGUAAUAUUGAGGGAAUAAUAUCUUUCAGAGCAUCCACCUUAGGCUCCUCAUACUUAUGAGAAAACUAUAUAAAUACUUUAAAAGGACCUUCAUCCAGAAUACUGCUGCAAUCAUAUAUAACUGCCAUCAUAUAAUAUUUCAACUUCCAAAAAUAAGAAAGCAGUAGUCCCUUUACAAUGUGCACUGGAUGAACCAUAUCUGUAGUAUUAUGUUUUGCUUGGAUUCUCACAAUUUAAGAACAUUGAAAAUAUGAAUAGCAUUUGAAAUAUAGCAACCAACACUUCAGUGAGGCUCAGAAGGGCCUGAAGGUGUUUAGCAUGGAGAUGAGAAGUGUUGUGACAGUUGUCACGUGGAAGAGAGAUUAUACUUGGCCCCAAAGAGACAGAACCAGGAAAAACCAGUGAAAAUUGCAUUGGCAAGAUCUAGGAUAUCAAGAGAAUUAAUGAAAAGAGAUAGGGACCAAAAGAGGAAUAUAUUCCCUCUAACCUCAAACUAUAUUAUGAAGUACCAGUCAUCAAAACUAUCAUAUAAUGAUUUAAAAAGAGAGAGAGAGAGACAUAAGGGGAGUCAACUAGGUGACUUAGCAGAUCUAGAGAUGGGAGUUCCUGGAUUCAAAUCUAGCCUCAGACAUCUCCUAACUAUGUGAAUCUGGACAAGUCACUUAACCACAAGUGCCCAGCCCUUACUGCUCUUCUGCCUUGGAACCAUUACUUAGUAUUGAUUCUAAGACAGAAGGUAAGGUUUUUUUUUUUUGGGUGGGGGCAAAAGGAUAGUUAGGUAGCAUGGUGGAAGAGCACCAGACAUGCAAUUAGGGGAAUCUGGAUUCCAAUAAGGCCUCAGACACUUCCUGUCUAAGUGACCUUGGGCAAGUCACUUAACCCCAGUGACCCAGACCUUACUUAUCUUCUUGGAUAUCAAUACUUGGAAUCAAUACUUAGUACCAAUUCUAAGAUAGAAAAUAAGGUCUGUUUUGUUUUUGGUUUUGUUUUUGUUUUUGUUUUUUAAAGAAAAAACUGGGAGCAUAUUUAUUCCAAGUUUCUCUGAUAAAGUCCUAAUUUCUCAAAUAUGCAGAGAAAUGAUUCAAAUAUAUCUGAAUAUGAUUCAUUCUACAAUUACUAGUCAAAGGAUAUCAACAAGCAGUUUUCAGAAGAAAUCAAAGCUAUAGUCAUAUGGAAAAUGCUCUAAAUUGCUAUGGAUUAGAGAAGUACCAAUUAAAUUCAAGUUGGGAGCAGCUAAAUGGUUCAGUGGAUAGAGAGUCAAGUCUGGAGACAGGAAGCCCUAGGCUCGAAUCUGGCCCCAGAUACUUCCUAGCUGUAUGACACUAGACAAGUCACAAGCUUACUUGCGCAUACCUUACCACUCUUCUGCCUUGGAACAGAUUCUUAGUAUUGAUUCUAAGAAGGUAAGGAUUAUUAUUAAAAUAAUAACAACUCUUAAGGUACGAACUCACACCUAUCAGAUUGACUAAUAUGACAGAAAGGGGAAAUGACAAGUUUUAGAAAAGACGUGGGAAAAUUGAGACACUAAUGCAUUGUUGGUGGGGUUUUGAACUGAUUUAACUCUGUAUCCCAAAGAAUUCAAAGGAAAAGAACCUGCAGAUAAAAAAAAAUUAUAGCUGCUAUUUUUGUUGUGGCAAAGAAUUGGCAAUUAAGGAGAUGCCCAACAAUUGGUGAAUGGCUGGACAAGUUGUAUUUUAUGAUUGUGAUAGAAUAUUAUUGUGCUAUAAGAAAUUAUGAGCAGGAGAAUGUCAGAAAGACCUGGAAAGACAUAUGAACUGAUGCAAAGUGAAGAGCAGAACCAGGUGAAUAUUUUACACAGUAACAGUAAUACUAAUAUGAUGAUCCAUUGUGAAUGACUUAGCCAUUCUCAGAAAUACAAUGAUUCAUGACACUUCUGAAGGAUUGACAAUGAAAAAUGAUAUCCACCUCCAGACAAAGAACUGAUGGAGUUUGAAUGCAUAUCAAAGCAUACCUUUUUAAACACUUUUUUUUCUCUGUGUUUUCUUUCACAACAUGGUAAUAAGGAAACCCGUUUUUGCAUGACUGCACUUAUAUAUACAUAUAUAUAUAUAUAUAUAUCAAAUUGCUUGCCUUGUUCAAGGAGGGGGGAGGGAAUUUGGAAUUCAAACCUUUAAAAAAACAAAUGUUAAAAAUUGUUUUUACUUGUAACUUGAAAAAAUAAAAUAUAAAAAAAUUAACAUACCAAUGAAACAGACUAAACAAGGGAGUCAGUAAAUCAAUAUUCAAUAAACUUAAAUUAUGUACUUAAAAAAAGAAACUCUAUUUGAUAAAACUUUGGGAAAACUGAGAGCAGACUUUCAGAAAUUAGGUUGUUUUAGAACUGAAUCUGUAAAAUGGCUCCAUUUGUCAGAAUCUAUUCACAGUGGUAUACCAAAUCUUGGAAUGAUCUCUUUCAAUAAGAUUUUGGCUAGAAAGCUUGAUGUGUUUUUGCUAGAUGGAAAAGUUUCUGGCCAUCUAGUUAAUUGGUCCACUAUCACUAGUCACAAUUUAAAUUGUCCUGAUUUGGGCAUGUUGAUACAAUCUAUUUGUAAAUGCUCAAAUGGUGUGUGAGCUAAUGGAUGACCACAAAAGCUUUUUGCUUAAAUAUGCUUUGAUUGAAUUGUGCACACACAGAGCAAGCUGAGCAGAUCUUAUUUGCCACAGUGCUAAUUCCCGGAGCUAUCCAAGUUCUUUUAACAGUAUCAAUUACUGCUUGUGUCCAAAAAUGACCCUUUCUGUGUAUUGCUUGACAGAUGUAAGAGUAAAAUGCUUUUGGAAGAAUUGGUUUUCCCACUGAUGCUAUCCAAAUCCCAUUUUCUUUUCUAGCUCCAAAAUUUUGCUUCCACUUCUGAACCUCUUUGUUAUUGUAUGCUUUUUCUAAAUCCAUGGUAUCUAUAACAGAGAGAUUCCUAAUGCAAGCUGGAGCAUUUUGAGCAGCAUAUUGUGCAGCCAUAUCUGCCCUCUGAUUUCCUCUGACAAGUCAUUUAUUAUGACUUUCAUUAAAGCAGUCAGUGGUGUCAUAAGUUCACCAUAAUUAGGUAUACAUUGUCUGCAAAAACCUGUGGUUUCUAAUAUGGCUCCAAGUUGCUGUUUGGUCUUAGGGGCUCGCAGCUUUUGUAUGUCUGCUACUCUCUUUUGGGAAAUGGCUUCUGGACUCCUCAGCACAAACCCUGAAUAUUCUACACGAGGAAGACAUCAUUGAAGUUUAGUUUUUUUUUUAUAUUUUGUGUCCCCUCUUAUAGAGCUUAUAGAGCUUAUACAGGCACACUUUUGCAGAUGAUGAUACUAAAAGUAGAUCACCUAUUUUUUUUUCAGGUCUUUUUUUUUUUUAGAAAACAAUGAAGGACUUUCACAGAAUCCCUGUGGCAAAUGGGACCAUGAAUGUUGAUUUCCCUACCACAUAAAUGCAAAUAUCUUCUGUGAGUCUUUGUGUAUCGGUAUUGAGAAAAAAAGCAGAACAUAAAUCAACCACAGUAAAAUAUUUUGCAUGAUUUGGAAUAGAUGAAAUGAUGGUAGCAGGACUUGAUACAACUGGGUAAGAUUUUACUACAUGAUUAUUAACAGCUCUUAAAUCUUAAAUAAAUCAGUAGCUCUUAAAUCUUAAAUAAAUCAGUAGAUGAUCUGUCCUUUAACACUAGCUUAGAUUUUUUAACAGGUAAAAUUGGGGUGUUAUAUUCAGAGAUGCAUGGUAUUAUUAUGCCUUGCUGCAAUGAGUUUAUUUUCAGGGUGAUCCCAUCAAUGGCCUCUUUGCUAAGUGGGUACUGUAGAAUGCAUGGUGGUGGAUCUCCUUUAGUCAGUACUUUUUAACAGGGGGUGUUGAUUUUAAUAAACCUAUAUUUGUAGAAUCUAUAGCCCAUAAGCCUUCUGGAAUAUCAUCUGGUAUCUGGUAGAUGUUAUUUCCUUCCCCCUCUGACUCUACUGUAUGUGGGAAUAAUACAGAAAAAAAGUUUCAGGGAUUCUUUUGGGAGUUUCACAGAAAUAUCUCCUGUUGGUGUACAUACUAUGGUUGCUCUCAAUUUACAAAGAAGAUCUGUAAAAAUUAAAAUUAAACCUCAAUAAUAAACAUUAUAUAUUUUAAGGGAUUUAUUAAUGAUCAUUAGAAAUCAAGGAAUAAAGAGGAUAUCAAAUAAAGACCACAUACCCAUGGCUAAUCAACCCAUUUAAAAUCCCCAUGCUUAGCUUACCACCACCAAGUUUGAUGUCAUCAUGCCAAAGAGAGCCAGGCAGGACCACCCACUCAAUAUCUAUCCUCCGUCUACAGGAAGUGCAUAAUGAUAAGAAGUCAGUGGACUCCCGGAAAAUGUAGUUCUUUUUUUAGGGUAACAGAUUUUCAAUUAUACAGAUCCCUAACCACUAGAUUCAUUGGGGAAUCUGGCAUUAAGAGGAAAGAGUGUUCUACACUUAGAGGUCCAAGCGAAACCAUUCUUGGUUCUAAUUUCUUUACUCUUUGUGAUUUUCCAGUUACACCUAUAACUACCAUUGAACCCACUACUUUGCAUUCUUCAGGGGAUUUUUGCAACACAGAUUUGAUAGCACCUGUGUCCAAGACACAAUCAUAAACUUGGGUUCCUAUUUUUAGGGUUAAAUGGUGUUCUGUGCUAUUUUUUAGAGAAUGGACAGGUGUUAUAGGAGCUAACAUACUAGGAUCAGGAAAAUUCAACACUUGUUCCUGUUCCUCAUUCUCUAAUUCUUCAUUGAUUUCUCCUGUACUAAUUUUCCAUGUUUUAAAAUUUUCUCUGUCAUUUUCAUUAGUUCUUAUUCCAUUGCCCAUACUUCCUAGUCCAUUUUCUCCAUAUACUAGAUCUUUAACUGCAUAGUCCUUGGCACACCUUCAUAAUGAAAUUGCACCUUUUUGUAUAUCUAGUUUUUGGGGAUUCCCACCAGCUACCUGGGAAUGUUUUGGACAAUCACCUGCUUUGAUAUUGUCUUGCAUGGAAUUCAGGUCUGGGGCUUGUUGUGAAUUAUGGUAAUAUCCGGUAUUAAAAUAAUUUGAGGAGUUUGGUCUCCCAUACUGGAAUGUGUUAUUAAACACAUUAUUGAAUCUAUUGUUAAACCCAUAAUUUCCAUAUCCAUUUUUCCUGAAUCCAUCAAAGCAAUUGCCUUGGUUUCCCCUGAAAUUUUGUCCAAAGAAUUGUCCCCUAAAUCUGCACUCUCUCAUGAAAUUAUCAGGUCUGUCACAAAGAUAACAUCUUAGGGCUUGUCUGUAUUGUCUGGGGUUGUAGUUAUUUCUGGGUUGUCUAUAUGUUCUUAGUGAAGCUAUUAUUUUUUUCCCGCACUUCAUUGGAUUUCAAUUUUUGUUUAAGCUCUCUGAUUUCUUUAAGUUAUCAAUUAUAUCAUUUUUCUCUUCUGAUUGCUUAUCUUUCUCAUCUUAGAAAACAUAAUUAGCAAUUCUCCAAAUUUCAUCAAGGUUCAUAUCAAACCAAUUUGGACAAUUACUCUGAAAAUAAUUUCAGAUCACAGGGCAUACAUUUUUCACAAACUGCCUGCGAAUGUGAUUUACAUUUUCCUCUGUUAAAAUAUCCAACCCAAUCCAUUUUUCAGCACAAUCAUUUCUAUCUAGGAAAGUGGGGGAAGUCUCUCCCACUUCCUGCUUUAGCAAAGUUGCAGGAUACAAAAUAAACCCACACAAAUCAACAGCAUUUCUAUAUAUUUCCAACAAAGUCCAGCAGCAAGAGUUAGAAAAAGAAAUCCCAUUUAAAAUCACUCUAAACAAUAUAAAAUACUUGGAGAUUUAUUUGUCAAGACAGACCCAGGAAUUAUAUGAACAGAAUUACAAAGCACUUUUUGCACAAAUAAAGUUAGAUCUAAACAAUUGGAGAAAACAUUAAUUGCUCAUGCAUAGGCUGAACUAGUAUAAAAAAUAUGUUCUAAAUCCCUCUUAAUUAAAGAAUGUAAAUUAAAACAAUUCUGAGGUAUCACCUUGUAGAGUCCAGCUCUACAAAGAUUUCUUGUGUGGGUUUGAAUCACCUAUGGAGGGAAGCUAAAGACUAGAAAGUAAUGGGUGAAGUUUAAGAAUUAGAGAGAGUGAGCCAUAGAAGGAGCAGAGAGACAAGGAACAUGGGAACAAAACUUUAGCUUGGUGUCAGUGGGUCAGCACUCCAGUGUCAGAGAACAGGCUGAGCAAGCUGCACUGUUUAUUACAGGUUUCUAGGAAGGGGGGGGUUGGUUAUGGGAUGUUAAUCAAACAAGUAAAACAACAGAAGUAUUAACAUAAUAUUGACAAUCAAUUGUGAGAUAAAGGAAUGGAUAGCAAGAGCAAUGGGGGGGGGGUAGGAGGGGAGUUCACUUAUCAAACCUUCUUCCUCAGUUAUAACAUGUAAUUGGUAAUAAAUAAACAUUUUAAAAAAUCAAAAAUAAAAUGUCUGAGACAUAGACUUAGUAGUGGUAAUGUUAGGUCAAAGGCUAUAUACAGUUGGGUUUUUUUUUUAACCCUUUCUUUCUGCCUUAGAAUCAAUACCAAGUUUUGGUUCCUAGGUAGAAGAGCAGUAAGGGCUAGGCCAAGGGGGUUAAGUGACUUGUCCAGGGUCACACAGAUGGGAAGUGUCUGAGGCCAGAUUCAACCCAGGACCUCUCAUAUCUAGGUCUGGCUCUCAAUCAAUGAGCCAUUUAGCUGCCCCUGGUAUACACAGUUUAAAAAACCUUGCCCUUUGGGCAUGGUUCUAUAUUGUUCUCUAGAAUGAUUUCAUUAAUUCACAAUUUCACACGCAGCACAUUAGUGUCCUACAUCUCCUCUAGCAUUUAUUAUUUUCCUUUUUUUUGUCAUAUUAACCAAUCUGACAAGUGUGAGGUGGUACCUCAGGGUUUUUUUCAAUUUGAAUUUCUCUAGUCAAGAUCAAUUCAGAGCAUGUUUUCAUGUAAUCAUAUCUUCAUCUGAAAACUGUUUAUUAUCAAUUUGAGAAUGAUUGGUAUUCUUAUAAAUUUGAUUCAAUUCUCCUUAUAUUUUAGAAAUAAGGCCUUUGUCAGAUACAUUUGCUAUAAAAUUUUUUCCCCAGCUUUCUCCUUUUCUUUAAAACCUGUACCUUCCAUCUUAGAAUCAAUACUGGGUAUUGUAAAAAAUAGACUUGAAUCCAGGACUUUAAUCCCCAGAAGCCCUUGCUCCACUUCCCCAGAAUGCUUUGUAAUCUCACUGAAAACCUCACCUGGGCUGAGAACGAGAUGGGGUAUUUAACCUGAUUGCAAAGGCUUUUGUGCCUCUUUUCUUCCCUGUUUUCUGCUUACAAGCAGACAUGGCUCUUUUCAUAAUGUAGGUGAGGUUGUGUCUAGGCCUCUCUCUGGCCUAGACACGUGCUUUCUUAUCCUAUAUUUUCUGUAAUCUUUAACCUUUAAUAAACCUCAUAAAAAUAUAAUACUCCUUGUAGAGAGAAACUAAUUUCUACCUGCCUCAGUCUCUUCUAAAUUUUAAUCUUUACAGUUGGCAACCUAAUGGGAGAAAAGACUCAUUUUUUUAAAGAAGGAUAGCCUAGAUAAUGAUUUUUAAGCCACAUUUCUCCAAGAUGCUUUUUAAGAAAACCAGCUUGAUCAGCUCCUGCCUGCAGCCCCCGAUCCUGACCUCUCUCCGUCCUCACCUGGUCCCAGCCCUGCCCACCCCGGCGGCCCGCUCCAGCUCUGGCUCCUGCUCCUGGCCUCUCACCUGGUUCCCGAUAUCCCGGCCCUGCCUGCCUGUUUCUGUGCCCCAGACCCACGAGCGCGACCCCAGCCCGCUCAUCACCCAGAUCCUUGGAGCAGAUCGCUCAGGACUCAUUUCUACCAGCUGGUAACAAACGGGGGUAUUGGCUCCACAUGGGCGGAUCAGAGUGUAGGAGGGGAGAGAGAAAAGGGAAAGGAGAAGAAACAGACUUUUCCAAACAGGAACUUAAAAGCAAUGGGCUAUUUAAAAGGAUACCUUUUGACUGUUGUGGUGAUUUUAUUGACUUCACCUGCGUACAACUUUGUCUCUGGUUGAAAUCUGGCCUGAAACACUUCAUGGCCGUGUGGCCCUGAGCAGAUCGCUUAGACAUUGCUUACCCCUUAUCACUUUGCCUUCUGACAAUAGACAUUUAAAUGGAUAAUUAAUAAUAAUAAUAAAACAACAACAACACACCUAAGGAACUUUAAAGGGACUAGAGGUUAUAAUUUUGAGGCAUUUCAGACUCCAAUGGUUUAUACAAAUCUCUGUAUUUCUAUUGCAUUUUCCUGAUUGUUUUGUUUAAGAUAUAACUUUGUGAUUUUAAGUUCAUAUAUCACUGGAUUCAAUAUUAUUCUGUUACACUGAAUCAGUUUAAUGUACUGAGUUUUAACUACUGUUAUAUUCUGUUGUUUUUCCCCUAUAACUACAGUAAACAAAUAUCAUUGUAAUUAAGCCCAUAUAUGAAAAAACAGCUUUUCUAUUUUGACUUUGUAAAUUGUCACAUAGAGGAUAGAUGGACUUCAUCAGAACUGGUUACAAUUGUUAUAACAACCUUUGGAAAAUUUAAUGUGCUAAAUAUCUCAACUGAUUUUAAGGGUUUUUUAAAAUGUGAUUUUUGUAAUUUUUUAAAACAAUCUCUGGUUAUUUUGCCUGCCCCUACCAGGAGGUGUAAGGCUCACUCUAGUAGCUGAAGUGAAAUAUAUUUUAUAACCCCCAACCUUCCCCCAUUUGCAAAUAUGUGAAUGGAAGUUGGGGCAGUUAAUCUCAGGGCAUUUGUAUCCCUAAAAAGCCUCCAAAAAAGGAGCAUCCCUCAUUUAUACUCUUCAGUUCAUUACUUUACUUCCACCAGAAUGAUAUAUAGAUUUCUUGAUUAUGUUCUUAACCCAAAAUGAGUUUUACUUUGUUUAAAAAUAUGUUUAAAUACCAAGGUUGAAAGAUUGCUAUGUUUGUAAAAACUUAUGACAGAUAUCCAUCAAUUCAUAUGCUUUUAAAAAUGCCAUAUAGCAACUUAUGUGAAAUAUGAUAGUGUGUUUGUUUGCUAUUGUAAUUAAUUGGGCUAUUGAGAAUUUUGGGGAUAUUGAUACCACAUAUUUGUACUACUGCUAAACUCAUUUGCUUGGAUCGUGGCCAGAUAUUGAAGAGGAAAUGGAUCUCAUUUUUGGUGAGAAAGCCUUGCAUUUUAUAUUUUCUUAGCUGACACAGAGUGUCAAUGAUUAUAAGCUACAUUUUUGAAUUUUUAAAGCUCUUUUAUUAUUAUAUUUUCUUGCAUGUGCAAUAUACUAUUUCAGUGUUUUUCUCUCUCCUUUUAUAUUUGAAGCACAUGUCACCAGCAUUAAGAUUUUCUUUAACUUUUUGAUUCUGCAGUACUAUAAGUUUAAGAUACAUUUGCUAAUGCAUGCCCUAAAAAGCUUGUGACUAUAAAAAUGAUGCCACUAAUUAUUUAAAUAAAUUAUGGGACUUUGCUUAAUGAUUCUGUCUGAUUCCAGGACAAGAUAUACACCCAAGAGCCAUUGCACAGAGCCAAAGAAAAGCCAAUCCAGGAUGGAUUGAUGCACUUCUAGGCCAAUGCAAAGGUCUUGAACCUAGUGUGAAGACUCGAGGUUACUGUGUUUAACAUGCUACACAUAGGCUUUCCUUGUGUCCACACUCACUCUGGAGUAUUCCCAAACUUGGCUCCUAUAAUCUGGUCCCUUUCUUUUCUGCCUCUCAUAGUGUGGCAACUUUCUGUAGUCCUGGCUACUGACUGGGUAAAUGCAUCAUUGCUUAGAUCAUUUUAUUGGGCCCUAAUUCAAGGACCUGUUAUAGAUUUAUUUUUCUUUUACUUGGAAUUUUUACACAUAAGGCUUUGAUAGUCUAUAUUUUCAUCCAGAGUUUUUUCUUUUUUUAUUUGGAUUUUCUGAUGUCUUUUUAAUAUCUCUUGCCCAUUGAUUCAUAUACCUCAUAACUCAGCCGUGCAUCCCAAAGUGAUCCUGUAUUUUUCAAUCACCCACAACAUGGGUAAAUGUAAAAAAAUAUAUUAUUUAAAUUGCAAAGUUUAAAUUCUUUUUGAGAAGAAUUUUAGGUAAAGAUGAUACUUCCCUGAAUCCAAAAACUGAACUGUUGAAGAUACCAUGAAGAAGCCUCCAGACCACAAGUGCACAAAAAUGAACUUUGGGUGUAGUUGAUUGAACAUUUAUUUGUAUGUAUACUUUCAUGCCAAAGGGGACUGAUGUAAAAAAUAGACUCGAAUACAGGACUACAAUCCCCAUGAGCCUUUGCUCCACUUCCCCAGAAUGCCUUGUAAUCUCGCCUGGGCCGAGAUGGAGAAGGUAUUUAAGCUGAUUCAAAGGCUUUUGAGGCUCUCUUGGCUCUUUUUGGACUUCCGUUUUGGAGCAGGCGGUCUCUUGCGUGAUGUGAGGUUAUUUUGUCUAGGCCUCUGGCCUAGGCACAUGUUUCUUACUUGUAUAUUCUUUCAUCUUUAACCUUUAAUAAACCUCUAAAAAAUAUAAUACUCCUUGCAGAGAGAAA